GGGGCUGCCCUCCCGAGCCGGGCUGCGGAGCCCCACGUGCCGGGGAUUUAAAGAGUUGGGGCAGCGAGCGAGGGCAUGCCCAGCAGAGCGGCCGACAGAGCGGAGCUCGGCGGACAUGGGACACCCGUGCCACCCGCAGCGCCCCGCGGGCACCCCCGAGCGCGGCCCGAGGAGGGCAGGAGACGGCGCGGGGCUGCCCGGGGCCCCGCUGCUCCUCGUCUUCGUCCUCAUCGCCUCCUCCAUUUCUGCUUGCAAAGGUGCACCAAUGCCAUCCCAAGCACUCGAAUCAGAUGAGGAUCUGCAGCUGUUGAAAGAGAUAGAUGAGGCAUGUUCUGCUUACCUGUCCACAGACUCUCAGCCUCAGGUAUCCAGUACACUGGAAGAACUUUGUUUUUUGAUCAUGGGAUUUCUCCAGAAACCACAGGGUUUCGAUGAGAAAGACAACACCAAAAGGUUCUUAUUUCAUUAUUCUAAGACUCAUGACUCGGGCAACUCAGACAUCAUGUCAUCUGUCCUGCAUCCUUUACUGCAACUCGUUCCUCAGCUUAAUGAGAGAAGACUGAAGAGAUACAAACUGGACGAAGAACUUCAAGGACCUGGAGUGAUUCAAAGCAGAGGCUACUUCUUCUACAGGCCACGUAAUGGAAGGAGAUCGGUGGGUUUUCGCUAAGGAGGAUUAUAGAUUCCUGACUUAGAACUAAAACUGCAGGAAUGCUGAGUACAUGGACAUACUGUUUUCCUUACAAUAAUUAUUCAUUAUUAAUGUACAAUUAGAAAUCACUCGAAUGUAAAUAUUCUUAAGCCAGAAUCUGUUAAGAAGGUCUUUACUAUCUUGAUUAUAUUAAAAGCAUAUUAAAAGUA